GUAGAGUAGCAGCUGUAGUCCUCUCUCUCUCUUUCUCUCUCCCCAAACUCUUCUUUCCAGGUUCCAGCAGCAGAAGCAGCAGCGUUCAGUCAGUGUGGCUCGAGCUGUGGUUGCGAGAGGGUCCACGCUGGAUCCAGCUCCGGGACCUCGCUCGGCGUGCUAUAUAAACGUUGCUCUUCGGCGAGAGAACGUUUGUUGUCGCCUCUCCGUCGCGUCUUCGAGACUUUGAACGUUCGCUCGCGGGAUAUGAACUUGAAUGUAUUCCGUCAGGAUUUCUGGAGCAGUGAAAUAAGAACUUCUGACUAUAUUUCCAAGAUUUCCGAAGAAGUUUUUAUAUUUGCAGGAUUUCUGAAGACGUUUCUGAACAACUUCUGAAUAUUUUUCCAAGGUUUCUGAAGGACGCAAAUAAGGACUUGAAUAUAUUUCCAAGAUUUCUGAAGAACUUAAAUAUAUUUCCAAGACUUCUGAAGGUCUUGAAUAUAUUUCCAAGAUUUCUGGAGAACUUGAAUAUAUUUCCAAGAUUUCUGGAGAAGUGAAAUACGAACUUCUGAAUAUAUUUCCAAGAUUUCUGAAGACUUUAAAUUAGAACUUGAAUAUAUUUCAUCAAGAUUUCCGAAGAAGGUAAAUACGAACUUCAAUAUAUUUUCAAGAUUUCUGAAGAACUUGAGUAUAUUUCCAAGAUUUCUGAUGAAUCUAAAUAAGAACUUGAAUAUAUUUCAUCAAGAUUUCUGAAGAAGUUGAAUAAGAACCGCAAUACAUUUCCAAGAUUUUUGAAGAACUUGAAUAUAUUUCCAAGAAUUCUGAGGAAGAUAAAUAAAUUUCAGUACAUUUCCAAGAUUUCUGACAAAGUUGAAUAACAACUUAAAUAAGUUUUCCAAGAUCUCUGUAGAAGUUAAAUAAGAACUUUGAUAUAAUUCUAAGAUUUCUGUAGAAGUUAAAGAAGAACUUUCAUAUAUUUCCAAGAUGUCUGAAGAAGUUAGUUAAGAACUUCAAUAUAUUUCCAAGAUUUCUGAAGAAGUCAAAUAAAAACUCGAAUAUAUUUUCAAGAUUCUUGAAGAAGUUAGAUACGAACUUCAGUAUAUUCCCAGGCCCCUGAAAAAGUUAAAAUAAGAACUUCGGUACGUUUCUAAGAAUUCUGGUGGAAGUUAUAGCCUGUGAGAUGAAGUUUCUUGUAGUGUCGAUGCCAACCGGCUAACAGGAGAGGAUUAAGGAAAACUUCUUAGUGAAGCUACGGCAAAAACGUGACCCAAAGGACUCGUCCAGGAUGCUACUCGUCGCCCUGACGUGGGUAGCAUUGCUAUCUGGGGUGAUGGAGGGAGGGCAGACCUUGGCCAAUCCCCUGCCGGCGAGAGUAUCCCCAAAGGCGUCGUUCCAAGAGAGGCUGGAAGCUGCCAGGGCCCUCCUGAAGGAGUCACCUCUCAUUGAUGGGCACAACGACCUCCCCUGGAACCUGAGGAUGUUCCUGCACAACAAACUGCAUUCCUUCAACCUCUCGGCUGACCUGACGGAGGAGAAGCCCUGGAGGAAGUCGCCCUUCUCUCACACUGACCUGCCCAGGCUUCGCCAAGGGCACGUCGCUGCUCAAUUCUGGUCAGUGUACGUCCCGUGCGAGACACAAUUCCUCAACACAGUGCAGCUUCUCAUGGAACAGGUGGACGUCAUCAAGAGAAUGAUUGCAGCCAGCCCUCAGGAGACGACGCUGGUCACCUCCCUCCUGCAGGUAGGCAUCGAGCGAGAGUUCAAACGAGGUCGCCUAGCCAGCCUGCUAGGGGUGGAGGGAGGUCACAGCAUUGCCAGCAGUAUGGGGGUGGUCAGAGCCCUGUAUGACCUCGGGGUCAGAUACGUGACCCUCACGCACAAGUGUCACACCCCCUGGGCUGAGUGUUCUGAAAUGGGUGGGACAGCAGCCAACGCUCGUGGACUCACGCCGUUUGGAAAGGACUUGAUCAAAGAGAUGAACCGCCUUGGAAUGAUGAUCGAUGUGUCCCACUCGUCUUCCAGCACGGUCCACGAUGUGUUGUCAACAACGAGGGCCCCGAUCAUCUUCUCGCACUCGGCCGCCAAGGCGAUCUGCGACAUCGAGAGGAACGUGCCUGAUGAUCUGCUCAACAGUGUGGCGAGUAAUGGCGGUGUGGUCAUGCUGAGUUUCUACAACGAUUUCCUCACUUGCAAGACGAAAGCGACCAUUACCGACGUGGUCGCUCACAUUAACCACAUCCGUUCCAUGGCCGGUGUGGACCACGUCGGAAUUGGGGCCGGAUACGACGGGAUCAACAGGACUCCAGUCGGCCUGGAAGACGUGUCCAAAUACCCGGACCUCUUCGCCGAGCUUCUAAGGGACCCAGCUUGGUCUAUACAGGACCUCAAGAAACUGGCUGGUCUCAAUUUGUUGAGGGUGUUUACGGCUGUGCAACAGGUGAGAGACGAGUUGGAGAGCGAGCAGCCUUCGGAAGAGAUAAUUCCUAUUCACGACAUCGACUCCCAGUGGCCGUGCAGGUACAAAUUCGCCAGCCUGGAGGACACAGCCGCUAGGACCUGACCUGCCUUCAAGCUGACCUGCAGUCUGGGCAGUCUCGGCCUGUCCUCGUCGUUGAAUACGUAGAAAAAUUAAUAUGAAUUCACUCGGCCUGUUUUUCCUCUCUAAGUAAACGGGGAAAAAAAAAGUAAGAUUUUGCGUCAUGGCCUGACCUGCCUUGAAGCCGGCCUGCAGCAUUGUGUAAAUAGACAAAGAGUAGGCUUCCACGUCAGGGCCUGACCUGCUUCAAGCUGGCCUGCAGGUUUGAGUAAAUAAACAAAGAGUAAGCUUCCACAUCAGGACCUGACCUGCCUUCAAGCUGGCCUGCAGGAUGAGUAAAUAGUUAAACAGCAACCUUUCACAUUACAGGCUAAUGAGAAAAAGUAGGUUUAAUGAUCAAGGGAAAACAUAAUGUUUUUAAAUUAAUUCGUAAAAGGACAGGAACUUUUAGACCUUAUUUAAAAACAGUGAUCAUUUUUGUUUUAAGGAAAUAUUGCUGAUUAAUAUUUACACCUGUUGAUCUAAAAAGCUAUUUAUGACGUCACCUGCUAAUGUUUCUCCUUUUUGGAAAAUGUGACUUAACUUUGAACGAACGACUCGAAGUUCUUCUAUAUAAAAAAUAUAAAAAUUACAAAAAACUAAAACUUAUUUUCGGAUGGAUCUUUACAUCCAGGUGCUAAAGGCUUAAAAUCUGCCUUCCCACGGCCCCCCCCCCCCACCCUUGUCUCUCUCACCCAAAACCCCCCUACGGCCUUAAGAAACAUCCUUAAAGGGGCGAGCAUGCUCUGUAAGGAGGAAGGGUGGGAGGGGUAAGAGGAGGAAGGAGGAGGAAAGUAGGGAUGAGAUGAGAAAAAAAGUUUAAAGCAGAAGUGAGGGAAAAAGAGAAAGUGAGAAUUUCUGAAAACUAUCUCCCACUGACCACCAAUAGAUUCCAGAUUUAUGGGUCCUCAGACCUGCUUCUGUAUGUUCAGAUAUUUCAACAGGCGUCACUUAUAAGAGGGGUAGGGUCAUGUUACUGAAUUUCACUAAAGAAAAGGCAAAGGUAAUAGAUAUUACAGGACAACUUGGCCCCUAAAUGACUGAAGUCUGCUUAUAAGAGAGAGAGAGGAUAUUGUUCCUAAAUUUAACUGGGGGGAAAGGAAAACAUGAUGGAUAUCACAAGAAAAUUUGACCCCAAAAUGACUGAAGUCUGCUUAUAAGAGAGAGAGGUACAGGCUCCUAAUUAACUAAGGGAAAGGAAAACAUGAUGGAUAUCACAAGAGAAUUUGACCCCACAAUGACUGAAGUCUGCUUAUAAGAGAGAGAGGAUCAGGUUCCUAAUUAACUAAGGGAAAGGAAAACAUGAUAGAUAUCACAAGAGAAUAUGACCCCACAAUGACUGAAGUCUGCUUAUAAGAGAGAGAGAAGGACAGGUUCCUGAAUCAUAGAAGAUGAUAGAUAUCACAAGAAAAUUUGAUCCCAGAAUGACUGAAGUCAGCUUAAAAGAGAGAGAGGAUCGGGUUCCUGAAUCAUGGAAGAUGAUAGAUAUCACAAGAGAAUUUGAUCCCAGAAUGACUGAGGUCAGCUUAAAAGAGAGAGAGGAUCAGGUUCCUGAAUUUCCCUGAAGAAAAGGAAAACAUGAUGGAUAUCAUAAGGGAAUUUGAUCCAAGAAUGACUGAAGUCUGCUUAUAAGAGGGAGAGGGUCUGGUUCCUGAAUUAUAAGAAAUGGCAAAGAUGAUAGAUCUCACAAGAGAAUUUGACCCCAGGAUGGUCUGCUUAUAAGAGAGAGAGGCUCAGGUUCCUCAACUUAACUGAGGAAAAGGAAAAUAUGAUAGAUAUCAUAAGAGAAUUUGACCACAGAAUGACUGAAGUCUACUUAUAAAGGUGAGUUUACACUAGGCUUCACCCCACACUGCAUGCGUAAGACUCAUCAUCAACUCCUCCCAAAUUCUUGAUAGCUCCGCCUACUGGACUGCUCAUCAAGAGUCACGCCACACCACUAACUCACUCUAAUGAGCACUCCAGUAGGCGGGGCUAACAAGAAUUUGGGAGGAAUUGGUGAUGCGUCUUACGCAUGCAGCAGUGGGGUGAAGCCUAGUGUAAACCCACCUUAAGAAGGACAGGGUCAGAUUCCUGAAUCAUAACAGGCAAAGAUGAUAGAUAUUAUCAGACAACUUGACCCAAGAAUAACUGAAGUCUGCUUAUAAGAGAAAGAGGGUCAUGUUCCUGAAUUUCACUGAAGAAAAGGCACAGAUGACCACAGGAUGACUGAAGUCUGUGCUGACAUGAUAACCAUCGGAUUUUGCAAUACCUAUAAUUUUAACGUAAUACCUAUAAUUUUAAUGCAAUACCUAUAAUUUUAAUGUUUAAGUGUGUUUUUUGGAAAACUUAGAAAUGUAGAAUGUGGCGUAAAAACUUUGUAAUACACGUUCUGUUGCUAGAUUUAUAUGAACUGCCGUUUUCUGAAAAGUAUUAUUUACGGAAUGUCUAAGUGAACGAAUUUCCUUGGGCAAAAUUGAAACUUUCUUAGUGACAAUUCAUGACAGAAAAGACGUAGUUGAAUAUGACAAAACAUUACAUUGAAAUAAGUUGGAUAU